CAAUCUCUCGUGUAUGGCUCUCAUUGGACGACAAUUGCGAUAUCAUUUCACCAAAAACGAUUCUUAUUGAUUGGCAUUUUUUAAUAACAGCAAUACAAAAAUCAUUAAUUAAAAUGAAAAAUAUCGCAUUAUUUUUAUCGGUUUUGGCUGCAUUGAGCUGCACUCUUGAUGCUCAAAAGUUACAAAUUGGUAUUAAGAAGAGAGUCGAAAACUGCGAAAUUAAAGCACAGAAAAACGAUUUGGUACAUAUACAUUACACUGGUACACUUGAAAAUGGUAAAAUCUUUGAUAGCAGUCUUGAGCGUGAACAACCCCUCACAUUUACUUUAGGAACAGGACAGGUGAUAAAAGGUUGGGAUCAAGGACUUUUGGGAAUGUGUCAGGGAGAAAAACGUCGUUUAGUCAUACCGUCAGAGCUUGCAUAUGGAAAACACGGCGCAGGCGAUAAGAUUCCACCAGAUAGUACACUAAUUUUUGAGACUGAGUUGAUAAAAAUUGAACGGAAAGAUGAACUGUAAUUUGCAACGCACACCGAACAACAAAAUGUUCUCUUUAUUUUACAUCGCAAUAUUUCCAUUUAAAUACAUAUUCGUGUCCCAGUCGAUCUAUGCUAUCAAAAUACACUAUGCUACAAAAUUUGCCGUUACCAUAAAAACCUCAAAAUUGUACGAAUCAUAAUUAUUAGUCCAAAUCGAUAAGAAAAAAAAUGUUUGAAAAAUAAACCAAAUAAAAUAAAAUGAAAAACAA